CACCCACCCCAACGAUGUGGAAAAGCCUGUUCCCCGGAGCAUGGAUCAAAACAAAACUACCCCAAAUCAAUCCUAGUACCCAAGUUUCCAACUUCACCCUCAACUCCCAUACCCAAAUGGAAGUGGAAGUAAAGCUCCGGCUCCUAAACUCCAACUCUCACCAGAAACUGUCUAAUCUCCUCUCCGGUUUCCACACGAAAACUCUCAUCCAAGAAAACAUCUUCUUCGACACCCCAAAAACCACUCUGGCUUCCAACAACGCCGCCCUCCGUCUUCGCUUCUACAACCUCGACUCUUACUCCAUCCUCUCCCUCAAAUCCAAUCCCAAACUCUCCCAAGGCAUUAGUCAAGUCGAGGAACACGAAGAGCCCAUCGACCCAUCACUCGCCCGCUCUUUCUUGGCCAACCCAGGAGGUUUGUUGCACUGGACAAGCUCUUCCCAGAUAAUGAAAAGAGUGAAGGGAGAAUUUGGGGCCGACGAGUUGGUUUGCUUGGGAGGGUUUAAGAAUGUGAGGGGGGUUUAUGAUUGGAAAGGGCUGAAGUUGGAGCUUGAUGAAACUUUAUAUGAUUUUGGUGUUAGUUAUGAGAUUGAGUGUGAAAGUAAAGAGCCUGAACGUGAUAAGAAGCUGAUUGAAGGGUUGUUGGAGGAAAAUGGGAUUGAUUAUGAGUACUCUGAUGUUAACAAGUAUGCGGUUUUCUUGUCAGGGAAGUUGCCCACAUGAGUGGAGUGGAAAAGUAAUGUAUUUGCAUAAAUAUUAGUUUUUGAUAGUAAAUUUUGAGAAUUUGUGCUAUUUUUUUAUCCAUUGUGUAUUACAAUUUAUGUUUAUGUGGAAUUUACUCACCAAUCAGUUGGAAUUUGUUCUCA